AUGGCAUCAAAGCUGGAAGAAGAGCUUACCUGUCCUGUGUGCUGUGACAUCUACAAGGAUCCUGUCAUACUGACGUGUGCUCACAGUGCGUGUAAGGCCUGUCUGCAGCAGUUCUGGGAGACGAAGGGAUCCACAGAAUGUCCCUACUGCAGGAGAAAAUGCUCAAAAGGCGACGUACCAAACAUGGCGUUAAGGAACCUGUGUGAGACCUUCCUACAGGAGAGGAGUCAGAGAGCUUCAGCAGGGUCUGAGGUGCUCUGCAGUCUGCACAGUGAGAAACUCAAGGCCUUCUGUCUAGAUGAUAAAGAAACUGUGUGCUGGGUUUGUCGAGACUCAAAGAAACAUAAAAAUCACAACUUUAGUCCCAUAGAUGAAGCAGCACUUGAACACAAGGGAGAGCUCAAGAUCAAAUUGCAGCCUUUACAAGGGGAACUGAAGAAAUUAGAAGAAGUUAAACUCCUCUGUGACCAAACUGCAGCUCACAUUAAGACCCAGGUCCAUACCACUGAGAAGCAGAUCAAGGAGGAGUUUGAGAAGCUUCACCAGUUUCUACGAGAUGAAGAGGCAGCCAGGAUAUCUGCACUGAAGGAGGAAGAGGAGCAGAAGAGUCAGAUGAUGAAGACGAAGAUAGAUAAGAUGAGCAGAGAGAUCUCAUCUCUUUCAGAAUCAAUCAGAGCCAUAGAAGAGGAGAUGGAAGCUGAUGAUGUCACAUUCCUGCAGGCUCUGAUCAAUGUGGCAAAGCACUUGGGCAACUUGAAGUUCAGAGUCUGGGAGAAAAUGCAGGAGAUUGUUCAAUUCACUCCUGUUACUCUGGACCCCAACACUGCACACCCAAAACUGAUCCUGUCUGAGGAUCUGACCAGUGUGAGGGUUGGUGAUGAGGAACAGCAGCUGCCUGAUAAUCCAGAGAGAUUUGAUAAGUAUUCCUGUGUCCUGGGCUCUGAGGGCUUUAACUCAGGGACACACUGCUGGGAUGUGGAGGUUGGGGACAACACAUGGUGGCUUGUGGGUGUGAUGGCAGAGUCUCUCCAGAGGAAGGGAGACUUCACAUCCUUGAGUGGGCGGUGGUGUGUGUAUUAUUAUGAUGGUAAAUAUAGAGCGCAUGCCCCACCACAGCCCCCCACUCUCCUCACAGUGAAGCAGAAACCCCAGAGGAUCAGAGUGCAGCUGGACUGGGACAGAGGAAAGCUGUCAUUCUCUGACCCCGAUAAUAACACACAUUUACACACCUUCACCCACACUUUCACUGAGAGAAUGUUUCCAUAUUUUAAUAUUGCGUGUGACGCCUGUCCUCUGAGGAUGCUACCAGUGAAGACCUCUAUAAUAGUAGAGCACCCUCUUGUCUCCCAGGUAGGGGAGUCUCCACAUCCCUCCAGCCCUCUUGUCUCCCAGCCAGGAGGUGCGGCGCAACUGGGACCCAGCAAACUUCUGAAUGUUGCACCAUGCUCCAUCUACCCCGACGACCAGGCGUGCAGUGGCGAGGGAGAGCAGCAAGGGGGUAACAGCUCUGCAAUUAGGCUCAAUGCGCAGAAUCUCACCCUGGAGUUCUUGGAUAGCUCGCUCGGCAACAGGGUUUUUGUUGAUAUUCUUGACCCUUCCCACUUCGAUGGACACCCUGUGCUUAGACAGGGUCUCGUCCCCAGCCAGUGCGGCGAAGCCUGGCGCUGGGUCAGUUCUGACCACUGCUGGAGGACCGUCGAGAGGACAGAGCCCCACACACAAGCGGAGCAGGGCUUCCCUGAGAGUCUCGCGGCGCUCGUCUUCAAUGAGGGCGGCCAUGCUGACCUGGCCAACAACAGCCUCGGCAGUGGAACGGACAAAGGUGCAGACUUGGCACACCGGGCUGGUGCACUCUGGUGCAUUGCGGCUGGCAAAGUCAGAUGGCAGAAUGGCUGCACCUGCCACAUGACGUAUCUGGACCUGGAAGCGGCUGGCCGUGGAAAGGAACGUGGUGACCCACGCACAAGGCUGGAGUGCGUAGCGGAGCGGUGGAGAGGUGUGUUGGCUGACAAGGGCAUGUGGGGUGGUGUGACCGUCGCAUCACUAGAAGAGGGCACAUACGUGGGACGGGGACGAGCCAUCUGCCUGGUGCGCAGACUGUGUACUGCUUGUAACUGUAAUGCCCAGUCUCGUAGCACAGGAGGCCCUCAUCAUGUUGCCAGUGGCUCCACUGUCAAUGAGAAACUCCUCCUUUUGGGGCGCUCGGACACAGCAGCUUGCAUUGCCCUAGCAUCCUCAGAGGCCGGCACCUCCUCCAGCAAUAACUCCAGGGCUUGUGAAAUUUCCGGCUUUAUGGAGUCUACUGUGCGCGACCUCAAUUCAGUGCCAUACCGCUGUUUUACCAGCCUAGGCAAGUCAGUGUGUAUCAAACGCAGCCAUCAGUUCUGGGAGGGGAAGGGAUUCAGAGAAUGUCCCUACUGCAGGAGGAAAUGCUCAACAAACUUUGAUGUCCCAAACAUUGCAUUAAGGAACCUAUGUGAGACCUUCCUGGAGAGGAGUCAGAGAGCUUCAGAAGGGUCUGAGGUGCUCUGCCUUCAGCAUAGUGAGAAACUUAAGCUCUUCUGUCUGGACGAUCAAGAAGCAGUGUGUUUGGUUUGCAGAGACUCAAAGAAACAUAAAAAUCACAACUUUAGGCCCAUAGAUGAAGCAGCAGUUGAACGCAAGAACUACAAGAGCACAGUGAAAAGAGCCCAGUGCACACUGCAGAAUCCAGAGAAGCUUUCAGGAGCUCUGAUCAAUGUGGCAAAGCACUUGGGCAACUUGAAGUUCAGAGUCUGGGAGAAAAUGCAGGACAUAGUUCAAUUCACUCCUGUUACUCUGGACCCCAACACUGCAUACCCAAAACUGAUCCUGUCUGAGGAUCUGACCAGUGUGAGGCGUGUUGAUAAGAAACAGCAGCUGCCUGAUAACCCAGAGAGAUUUGAUUGGGUUCGCUCUGUCCUAGGCUCUGAGGGCUUUAACUCAGGGACACACUGCUGGAAUGUGGAGGUUGGGGACAACACAUGGUGGAAUGUGGGUGUGAUGGCAGAGUCUCUCCAGAGGAAGGGAGACUUCAGAUCCUUGAGUGGGCGGUGGUGUGUGGGUUAUUAUGAUGGUAAAUAUAGAGCAGAUGCCCCACCACAGCCCCCCACUCUCCUCACAGUGAAGAAGAAACUCCAGAGGAUCAGAGUGCAGCUGGACUGGGACAGAGGAAAGCUGUCAUUCUCUGACCCCGAUAAUAACACACAUUUACACACCUUCACACACACUUUCACUGAGAGAGUGUUUCCAUAUUUUGUUACUGGUUGUAAUGCCUGUUCUCUGAGGAUGCUACCAGUGAAGACCUCGAUAAGAGUAGAGCAGCACAGAUAGAGCAGUGUGUGUGUGUGUGUGUGUGUGUGUGUGUGUGCGUUUGUGUGUACUAAUAAAUCAUCACAUAAUCACUAAUACAUUAUUUGGUGUAAGACUAGUGUUGAUAUGCUCAUGCUGUAUUCUGUUAUAAUCCUUUAUAGGCUAGUUGAGGUUUGUUUUCCUCCAGCCCUGGUCUCCCAGGGCAUGUUUGGUAAUGUGAGAUGUACAUCAGUAGGGAUUCUACUGUGAGCCUUCAGCCUUAUAGGGAUCAGAAUGCCAUGGGUUAGCAAGUGCAUUCUGGUCAGUUGAAGCAAAGUUGCCAAAAAAAUAUAUGAGUGAGAGUCGGAGGGGAGAUAACAGCUGUUUUCUGAUCCUGUUUACAUGUAACAUCAACAUCUUCAUCUUCAUAUUCUUUCCCAUUUUGGGUCAAAGGGACCAACUGGAAGGGGCAGAGACUUUGGUCCCGAGGUCAUUUCCCAAUCCUUCCCCAACAUUCUCUCCACACUCCGUUCCGGACUUUCUUUCUCUGUCCUAUCUCAAAUUUAGGCACCAAGACCUAAAGGAAGACUUUGAGGGAGGCCAUCAGUACCAUUUAUUAAAGAUGUUGCAAAAUAUGCUUUGAGUGACACAAUACAAAUCACGCCAUGCUCCCUCCAUUACACCCAUUGACCCUAUGGAUGGAUGCAAGUCAUAGUGGGCAGCCAUGGUCUGAUUGGUUAGGGACUCAGUCUUGGAAUCAGAAGGUUGCAGGUUCUAAUCCCAUACAAUCCAUGGCUGAAGUGCCGUUGAGCAGGACACCUAUAGCCCCACAUAGUGGCUUCAGGGACUGUGUGCAAUCAAUGCCAUGUAAUACUGUAACUGUAAGUUGCUUUGGAAAAUUGUCAGUUAAGUGUAAUGUACUGUAAUGUAAUGUCAAAGUCUACUUCAUCCUAUAUUUUCCUGGUCUUUUAUAGGCCCCUGUCUUUUUGAUGCGAUGCGAGGCUGAACGUCUACCUAUUAUUUUCUAAAAUGCUAAAAUGGGCAAAACAAUUCUUAAAAAGUGUCAUAUCUAUAAGGAGGGAAUGGCUUUAGGAUGUAUGUGUGUUCUCUGUGUGCACGUGCGUGUGCAUGCAUACUGUGCGUGCUUGCAAUUGAUGAACCAAAUGCUUGUGUUUCCACACACUGUAUUACAGAGUUAGCAAUGGAAUGAAUGUCUAUUCAUGUUUUAUACAGUGAGACCAAAGACAAAUUAUAU